GCUCGCGCCAUCAUUUGAGUUGCAGAGACUGGGGAGAGAGUGUCGCACUUUUCCGAACGAAAACCGCGCCUGUGUGUUUUUCUCUCCGCCUGAAAAAUCAUCAGGGAACGCGUUUCCCGACCCGUGUUUUCCCUCCGUGCCUGUGGUUGCGAUAGUGGGUGGUCAAGUGGUUCCUGCGUAGCUUUGUGCCGCUCUGGUUACACGGAGCUAGUGAUUUAGCUGUGCGGUUCACUUGGAAUGUUUACACUGCGAUAAACCCAAGUGUGUUUGUGUGACUUAUUUUUAUUUCGUUUCUUUACCAACACCGCUGCCACGUAGCCGGACGGUUGGGCUAUUUUGGGCCCCGUUCACUGUUGUGGCCCGUUAGAACGUCCGCGACUGUGGAAUUACGGACCUGCUGCAAGGUCCGCAGUUGCAGCUUUGGUUUUUCUCGUUUUCGGCCCGUUUUGGUAGCGUAUCGGUUGUGAUAAGUGAUUCAGAUUGGUCCUGUCAAGUGAUUGGGUUUGAGUGCCAUUUUCGGAUUAUUUCCUGCCGCUGAUCCUUGCCACCCCUUUGACAAGGUUGAAUGGGAUUUUCAACUUGCUGUAAUUUAAAACCCAUGGCUGAAUAAGGAUGUUCCAGAGAUUAGCCCUAUCAGCGCCAACUAUGCGCUGGCUUCCUUGUACGGCAGGAUAAUCGAUAAUUCGUUUGUAAGAUUCAGUUAAAGCAGGUUUAACCUGCAGGUCAUGGAUGUCACCUUUACUAACGUCUUGGAGGGAGCGAGGCAGUAUUUCCAGGGUCUUCCUAUAAACGCCAGCUCCGCGUCAAAUUCCGCGUACCAGAAUCCACCAGAGCCCCAGCAACGUAACAACAAUGAACCGAAGCGGAACCAAGAACAUCAACAAUCGCCUAAACCCUAUUGGAUGGGUCAGCAAGAACAACAUUGUCUUCCCUCGCGAGAAUCGACGCCAAACCAAAGACCUCCUUCCUACAACUCCGACUCGUCAAGACCCCCAUCUCACCCGCUCUACAUCAACACAUCUCAAGAACAGAGAACUGCUAAUUAUCCAUCCAAUUAUCAGGAGCAGACUUCCUCCUAUCCUAUGCACAUAAUGAACCAACAGCAGCAGCUUCAGCAGCACCAGCAGUUCUCCCAUCAACAGAUCCAUUUACAGCCGCAUAGUCCGAGGACCCAACCGCCCAAACAACAAUUCAACCAUCAUGGUCAGCAGGUUCAUUAUCAACAACCGGCGCAACAGCAAAGUAGCCAACAGCCUACUGCUGCUGAUUUUCAGUUCACGAAACCUCAUCACAGAGAUGCUCCCUCCAAUACCUCAAAUUAUCCUUCACAUAUCUUGCAGAAUACAGCAUAUCAUCACCCAGCAACGAGUACACACAACUCGAUGUUGUCAUCUUCCUCUCCCAAACCAUCGCGGAAACUGGAACAAAGCAAAGUGCCCCAUCCUACCAAUUACACACCUCAAACGACGUCAUCCACUCAGACAUCAUCAGGUUAUGUUAACUAUCAACAGAGUCGGUCGUUCUAUCCGGCGAAUUCUUAUGCCAACCAUCAAUCCUCAUCGGAUAAUAAAAGCUAUAACACUCCGCAAGCUUAUCCCUAUCAGCAAUCUUCCCAAAUGUCUAAUUCAAACUAUUAUAAAAACGUUUAUCAACCUCAUUCAAGCUCUCCCUCAAUGUACAGUUCGAGUAGCACCUCUACUCAUUCCUCAAAACCCGACCAACAGCAGCUGAAUGCUAACUACAAUAAUCAGUCCUCGAGGACACACAAUCUCCCACCAAUAGCCCAAUUUUCCGAAAGCUAUUUCAAAAGCGUACGCGACAACCAGAAGUUAAACAGUGGCAGAAGUCAAUCAAACUCUUCGAACACUGCGUCUGUGGUGAAGAAUAUGAAUUCACAAGCUGCUAUGCCAGUAAAUCAAAACUACAAGAUGGAUUAUCAGUAUGAUCAAAGAGCAGUUAAUCAACAAUACGUACCUUCAUCGACAGCUGCAACUGCUACUUCAUCAUCAUUCAAUAGUGUGACUUCUCGAAGUACCGGUACAUACUCAGUUCAGUCUCUGACAUCCGCCAAUAAUCAAUUCACUUCUAAGUCAUCUCAAAAUAUCUCGAACUCGAGCUAUAAUACCGCAUCCCAGAUGAAGAGGCCAGUAGGUGUGCCUUCAUGUGAAGAUCAAAGAAGGAAUUCAACAGGAAAUAAGCAGAAAAGAGAGUCACCCUUAGAUCUAUCUGUUAAAACUGUUCGGACCCCCGCAGACUCGACGCUAGAUGAUCAUGAAAGCGAUAGAUCAAAUUACCUUGUUUCUAGUAGGGUUCCUCCCAUUCCUGCUCAUUUUCCAACAUUUGACCCCUAUAGUGGUUCUUACCAGAGGAACACCAACGCUCAGAGGGUACCUCAGACAAAUACAGUCAGUACUCCUAAGGUGGACUACAUUCCAAAUUAUGGAAUGCUAGGGAGCACCCAACAAAAUUAUAGACAGGAUCAAAGACCAUUUGAUGUUUCUAGAAAUCAGAGAGUUCCAAAUGAGAGACGAAGUACGUUACCCAAAGAAACUCCAGGCCGUUACCCAGUUACAUCCGCGCCAAAUACGGUAAAUUCAUUUCCGAAGUUGGAUAAUCCCACUGUGGGGCAUAGCUUGAAAUCAUCGGCCGUUUAUCCUACUCAUAUGUUGGAUACCCAGAGGAAAAGGCCGGCAGAUACAGCGCCACCAAUCGAUCCCAAAAUUCCCAAAACGGAAUCCUGGCGGCAAACCAUCGACAGACAGAUCGAACAAAAGUUGUCCACUUAUAAGCAAGAUAAGGAAGACCAAAAAUCCAAAGAACCUUACAUAAAUACGUCUAAGGAAUCUCUCAUCAAUGGCAAUUGCAACACAAAUAGAUCUAAAGAGGCUUAUAGUAAUAAUUUUAGCAGCACACAGUACCAUGCGGGUCUGCCAACACAACAGCCCUUCAACAUUAGUCAAUAUAAUUCCUAUCCUAACCAUACUCAAACGUACGUACCAUCCCCAGGCAGUCAAUACAAUAGCGCUUCUAAUUAUUCUUCGCAUUAUCAGAAUAUGUAUUCUUCAAGGGAACUAGUUCGUUCAAAUUCGAAUUCUUCAUUGUCAUCGGUGAAGUCUAACACAGGAGGUGCUGCCGAUAAACGCGUUUUGACGUUGUUGAGGAACAGUAUAGAAACAAAGGGCGUUAAAGAGGCUCAACGGAAGUACGGACAAGAGCAAUUCAGCAAAUAUACUGCUCAACCUCAUCAUCGAUCGGACGUACAACAACCGUCUACUCACGUCACAGCCCCCUUGCAACCGAGGCCCGCCUUCAUGGGGCGACAAAAUGUUUCACCAUUUACUCCUAACAGUUUACCAGAAGGAAACAACACCACCCCUUUAUUCAACAAACUACACGUCCCUAGAGCAAUCGAUUCAAUCAACUUCGAUAUGAAUAAAAGCAUGGGGAACGUGGCUAAUAAGCAAUUGGAAGCUGUGAUAAACGACCAGAAUAAUCCUAAUGGGGAUCUGGAUGGUCUAGCUGCCUUUUUGGCUGCCAGAAUAAGAACAAAGGCCGAACUGAAACAAGUUAGUCCAACUCAACAGGUGAACAAUAACGGCAAUAAUGUGGUACAAAACGUGGAAAAUCAAAUAAGAUCUACAUUGAAACAAGAGAAUUUCUCCUCAAAUACUUCAACUAUAUCAUCAAACGCUAUGAAUGUACCGAAAUUGGCUAAUCAGCCAUCGCAACAGCCCAGAAAGAGAUUGUUUAGUCGAUCGGAAGACGACAACGGUAACGCGUCCACUAAAGAUAUGCCAGCCAGGGAUAAAUCUGGUCUGAGAAGUUCCUCUGAAACAUCAGUGUUCGACUUUCCCGAUUCUGGAUCAGAAGGCGAAAUGCCAGUGGAAAUGCAAAGCCUGACUGCCAUGAGGAAAGAUAGAAAGCUGUCACUAAAACAAACAUCUAAUAGCGAAAUCAAGGAAGUUAAACCCGAGCUGAGCCUAAGGCCUCUAACUCCCGAAGAUGAUAUAUUCCUCCAAGCAUGCGAUACAUUCAUGGAUCAACUCAAGGCUGGAAUCGGUAAGAAGCGAGGAAGAAGGAAAAAGACUCUAGAGCCCGAUGUUCUCGCAAAACUGGAGAGUGUCACUAAGGAGAAUCCUAUCGACAUUGAAAUCAAAAUUAAAGAAGAAAGACCUGACGACAGUGCAGAAUCUAUAAUAGAUGUAAAAGACCAAGAUGUCGAUUCCUCAAUCCUUUUCGCAAUUCCAAACCAUGAAGGUGAAUCAAAAAAUGUGUCCAAACAAAUUAUUGAAGAACUUAGUUUGUCCGUAGUCAAAAAAGAAUUGCCUGAUGAUUUAGAGGAACAAAAUAAGGAAGUGGUCGAAGAAGUGGAUAAAGUACAACAAGAUGAAUUGAGUGAUAGUGACGGGGAAACGAUCAAACAAUUAUCAAACAAACUUAAAAAUAAAUCAGUCGACCCCGAUCUUGCAAAUCAACCAAGUGAGCUCCAGGUUCUGGUGACCAAACCAACCAAAAAGCCACCAUUUGGGGAUGGAUCAGCGUUUUAUCCUGGCUGGGAAGAAGAAGUUUACAAGUAUAAGAAAUCACUCAGGAUGCCGCCAAGUUUGAUACAAGUGAGGCCACCAUCUUCGAUGAGGAUAUCUACUUCUCUCCCAGACUUGGAUCCUUGUCAUAGUCCCUCUUCUACCACCCUUCCAGAGAGAGACGAGGAUUCAAAGUCCAUUUACAGUAAAGUGAAAUCGGAACCGUUCGAUAGCGAUAUCGAAUCGAAUUCAAGUUUCAACCUGUUCAAUUCCAAAAAUAACUACGACUCUGAAGGUGGUUCAUCUAUUAGAAGCUUACCCACUCCCGUCAAAGAUUCGAUAGUGGAUAAAUUGCUGCAAAAAUGCGGUAAGAAAAAGAAGAGGAAGUAUAAGAAAAAAGAGGAAGUUGGACCAAAAAUCAUACCCAAAGCUGAGAAUCCAGUGGAACUCCUGCCAACCCCGAGUUUGGAAAUUAAAGUUGACAAUAAAAAACAACCAGUUAUAAAAACGGAGGCUCCUAUAUUAGGUUUCAGGAAAUCCACAAUAGAAAACUUCAAAGAUGCUUUUCUUAAUAGGGCAAGCAACAUUGUGGGCAUGAAUGAACAGUUUUCGACCGUUAUUUUGAAAUCUAGAACUCGGAAGGAAACCAGGGUAUUGAAACAACGGGCUACAAUCAAAGAAGUAUUUGGUGAGGACAGACCAGCAUCGGCGCCUCCAUUGAGUUGUAUCAACGUUGAUCUCAAAGAUAUAAAGAAGGAAGUGGAGGACCAAGAGCAAGAUGAAGAGCCUGUGAAAAAAGUAAAGGAAGGUUCCAUUCAUUCACUAAAAAAUAAAUUAUUAGGACGGGGUAAAUCAAAGAACAAUCUCUUGAAAUCCAUAGCUGAUAAAAGGUUGAGAUCGGAAGUAUUGGAAGAAUUAUCCGCUGACAAAGAGGUGAAAACUGAAUCUCGAGACCAGUCGCCAUCGGUGCUGAGUGAAGAUUUAGACAGCAAGUCGGAGACUGUAUCCCUAGAUGGCGAAGAAAACGUCAUUUCAGUGAAGAAACGUGGUAAAAUGAACAAGAUACGACGAAAAUGCAGUUCCGGAUUCGACUAUAUACGUAAAAAGAAGAAGCAGGUGAAAAAGGAUUCUGAUCAGAACGAACCGUCUACUAAGAAGAAGAAACGAGAGCCUGUCCUGAAAGCCUCUCCAGAAUCUGAACAAGAUAUUCAGAAGGAAAUCAAGAGCUGGGUCCUUAACAAGGGGGUGGGAGAGACUCAUCUUCAUCGAUCAGCUCGACUUGGCUAUACGGAUGUAACUGCAUACUGUUUGGAGAAAAUGGAAUGUUCGCCAUCUCCGAGAGAUAAUGCAGGCUAUACACCAUUGCAUGAAGCAUGCUCUAGGGGCCACCUCGAUAUUGCAAGAUUACUGUUGAUGUAUGGGGCGAAUGUUAGUGAAUCUGCUAAAGGUGGUAUUAGACCACUCCAUGAAGCUGUUGAAAAUGGCUUCGUGGAAAUUAUAAGACUGCUACUUUCCUAUGGUGCUGACCCAAAACUGGCAACUUACGCUGGAUUGACACCAUUAUCAUUGGCAUCUGAUGAAACAACAAAAACGUUACUUGUGAAUCAUAUGGAUGAUUUGGAAGGGAAAUCAAUAAUUCCCUGGCCUUUCUAUGGACCAGCUACUUGUUUUGAUUCCAAAGACACAGGAUGUGACAUAUUCAGUUCUCCUCCACAUCCCGAGCCCUUAUCUGAAGAAGAGGAUAUAGAGUUUGAAGUUUCAGAGUUCCUCCUGCCGAAUUUGUACACAUUGCGGGGUGAAAUACAAGGGGAACGCUGGAUAUUGCUUCAAGAUCUCUCUAACAUCCUGAAGAUAAAGUCGCGGGACGCUCUCUUGAAACAAAUAUGCCCCACCCCUCCACCUGGAACUUCACCAAACUACAAGAGUAUCUUGAGAGAACUGAAAACCUCCGAUUUUAUGGAACAAGCGCAUUGUUGUCAGUUUUUAAACGCUAGUGAGAAAAUAAAUUUGCGUGCUUCGAAAAUCGCGUUAGUUAAAUAUACUGAUAAAAUUAGGGAACUUUUGAAAAUCGAAGAAGUUGUCAUAACUGCAAGGUGACCACUUGACUAAAAACUUUCCAAUGAAUAAGUGUUGACGUGAUAUUACAUCUUAUAUAUUUAUAUAUAAUUAUUUUUUUAUUACUUAUAUAAUUUCGUUAUUCAAUAAUUUUAUUUGAUUUAUGUAUGGUGCUCCAUCUACAAUAAUUUACUUAAAAUUAUUACCAUUAUGUAAUAUUUUGUUUAUGUUUAUAUAAAAUUUAAAUUAAAGUUUAUUUAUUUUAUUUAGGAUUAUGAUGAGAAUGAUCCUGGGUUACCAUGCUUAAUGAGGUACAUUGUAUCAAAAACAAACCUGUAUUGAGCAAGAAAUUGAGUAACUGAGAGUUGUGCAAUUAUUUUGAGGAUGCGUAAAUAGCUUUCAUUGUAAGAUUGAAUAAGUAAAUCAAAGUAUUUUAGACAGUUGAAUGAAACAAAGAUACUCAUUUGAACUAAGUAUUAUUAUAUUAUUAUUUGAUCAAUCAUUGUAUCAUUGACUCAGGGAAGAUUUUGUUUGUAAUGUGUUUACCAUUAGGUCAAAUUAUAUAUUAUUAGUAUGGUAAAUAUAAAAGAAUAACAGCUUCAGUGAUUUUAUAUAAUUUCAAUGAAGAAACAACAAACAAAGGCAGCUUGAAAUUUUUUGAUGAAUGAAAAUUGGAUAAUAUCAAAAUACGUAGUUUUCAAAAAUCAAUGUGAAACAUAGUUAUUAUUUGUUGAUAUUUGGAGUUCCUUCAUUAUUCUGUAUAGAUUUCUGUGAAUAUAAAAUUGUAUAGAUAACCUCUAAUUAUUAUUAAUACUGAUCUGAAGCUGGUUUUCCCUGUACAAUAUAGGUCAUGUGACAUAUAUCUUCUACUUUGUGCUGAAAGCAAGUUUUAGGUUCUGCUUAUUGAAUUUAAACGGGAUGAUUGUACAGAAAACGAGUUAUCUGUGAUGCGCAAUGGUGGCAAAGUGCAAUGCUUUUUUUACAGAAUGUAAUAAAUAUUGUGAUUUGCCAAGUUGUCCUAGAUGUGCGAACUUAGGAAUUACUUUUAUUUACAAUGUUUUUUAACAUUUUUAAAUGUUUUCUGUUCUACGAAACUUGUGAAUAAAAAUCAUCAAAUCAA